GUCACCGCCGAAUGGCAGCCUCCAGAAAGGCACCGCGAGUAAGGGCAAAUUACCAGGAUUUUCAGCUGAGAAACUUAAGAAUAAUUGAACCUAACGAGCUGACAUACUCAGGAGACCCAGGUGUGGAAACAGACAGCAGAAUGGCUCCAAAGGUAACUUCAGAGCUGCUUCGGCAGCUGAGACAAGCCAUGAGGAACUUGGAGUACGUGACAGAACCAAUCCAGGCCUACAUCAUCCCGUCGGGAGACGCUCACCAGAGUGAGUACAUUGCUCCGUGUGAUUGUCGGCGUGCCUUUGUCUCUGGAUUUGAUGGCUCUGCAGGCACAGCCAUCGUCACAGAAGAACAUGCGGCCAUGUGGACUGACGGGCGCUACUUUCUCCAGGCUGCCAAGCAAAUGGACAGCAACUGGACGCUCAUGAAGAUGGGUCUGAAGGACACACCAACUCAGGAAGACUGGCUGGUGAGUGUACUUCCUGAAGGAUCCAGGGUUGGUGUAGACCCACUGAUCAUUCCUACAGAUUACUGGAAGAAGAUGGCCAAGGUUCUGAGAAGUGCUGGCCACCACCUCAUUCCUGUCAAGGACAACCUUGUGGACAAGAUCUGGACAGACCGCCCCGAGCGUCCCUGCAAACCGCUCAUCACACUGGGCCUGGAUUACACAGGCAUCUCCUGGAAGGACAAGGUUGCAGACCUUCGGUCGAAAAUGGCUGAGAGGAGCGUCGUGUGGUUUGUGGUCACUGCCCUGGAUGAGAUUGCGUGGCUAUUCAAUCUCCGAGGAUCAGACGUAGAGCACAAUCCUGUAUUUUUCUCCUAUGCAAUCUUAGGACUAGAGACGAUCAUGCUCUUCAUUGACGGUGACCGCAUAGACGCCCCCAUUGUGAAGGAACACCUGCUGCUUGACUUGGGCCUGGAAGCCGAGUACAGAAUCCAGGUGCUUCCGUACAAGUCCAUCCUGAGCGAGCUCAAGAUCCUGUGUGCCAGCCUUUCCCCAAGGGAGAAGGUGUGGGUCAGUGACAAGGCCAGCUAUGCUGUGAGCGAGGCCAUCCCCAAGGAUCAUCGCUGCUGUAUGCCUUACACCCCCAUCUGCAUCGCCAAAGCUGUGAAGAAUUCUGCUGAAUCAGAAGGCAUGAGGCGAGCUCACAUUAAAGAUGCCGUUGCCUUAUGUGAACUCUUUAACUGGCUGGAAAAAGAGGUGCCCAAAGGUGGUGUGACAGAGAUCUCAGCUGCCAACAAAGCUGAAGAAUUCCGCAGGCAGCAGGCUGACUUUGUGGACCUGAGCUUCCCAACCAUUUCCAGUACGGGACCCAAUGGCGCCAUCAUUCACUACGCGCCGGUCCCUGAGACGAAUAGGACCUUGUCUCUGGAUGAGGUGUACCUCAUUGACUCGGGUGCUCAAUACAAGGAUGGAACCACAGACGUCACUCGCACCAUGCAUUUUGGAACUCCUACGGCUUAUGAGAAGGAAUGCUUCACAUAUGUCCUCAAGGGCCACAUAGCUGUGAGCGCAGCGGUUUUCCCUACUGGAACCAAAGGCCACCUCCUUGACUCCUUUGCCCGCUCAGCGUUAUGGGAUUCUGGCCUGGAUUACCUGCAUGGAACGGGGCAUGGUGUUGGGUCUUUUCUGAAUGUUCAUGAAGGUCCAUGUGGCAUCAGUUAUAAAACAUUCUCUGAUGAGCCCUUGGAGGCCGGCAUGAUCGUCACUGAUGAGCCUGGGUAUUAUGAAGAUGGAGCUUUUGGAAUUCGCAUUGAGAAUGUUGUCCUGGUGGUGCCUGUUAAGACCAAGUAUAACUUCAACAACCGUGGAAGCCUGACCUUUGAACCUCUGACUUUGGUUCCAAUACAGACCAAAAUGAUAGAUGUGGAUUCUCUAACAGACAAAGAGUGCGACUGGCUCAACAGCUACCACCUGACCUGCAGGGACGUGAUCGGGAAGGAGCUGCAAAAGCAGGGCCGCCAGGAAGCCCUCGAGUGGCUCAUCAGAGAGACGCAGCCCAUCUCCAAACAGCCUUAAUACCUCCUUGGUUUUUAUAAAAAACAAAAAACAAGACAAAAAACCAAACGAAAAUGCUCUGGGGAAAGGAAGAAGCCCGGCACACCCCUGACAUUUCCCCCAUGUCCCCUCCUUCUUCCUUACUGCCCCUUUUUACUUUUAGACUCUGAGAAGAACUGAGAAUGUUCUUAUCCUCUUUGAUAUUUUCUUGCAGACACGCAAUCUUUUAUGAUUUUUUUUUUUUUAAUUGAAUGAGCCAAGAAUAGAUUGCUGCCCCAGAAGGAGGGUACCUAUAAGCCGAGUGCUUGAUCGGGUGGGCGCCCCGAGCGGCCACAGGGAGCCCUCUGGCCCGCGCUGGUGAAGCAGGCAAUGCUCUGCGAUGGCCACGUUCCCGGUGCUAGUCCCUCAUUUAUGAUCCCCUUCAUGCGCACGAGACUGUAUUUAUGACCUGAGAUUAAAAUGUCAGAAUGGG